UCCAUGCCUGUCUGUUUAUAGAGCGCAGAGAGAUGAGAGAGAGACGGAGAGGGAGUGUAGUACACAGUCAAUCUCUACAAAAGUGCGACAGAGAGGAAAAGGAGGAAGACCCAUACAAUUCUGAGAAAAUUAGGAGGAAAUUGAAAAAAGGAUAGAGACUGAGGAGGAAAAUAUUUUGAUCAGAGACCAGGAUCUGGAAGCGGUACCAAAAAUAUCAUGAUCAUUCUUUGUGCUUUAAUCUUUUCACCAGUUUCUCCAGAUGCCACGUGGAUACUGGAAGCUUAAAAGUCACUGAGAGUUAGUAGCCCUAGAUGUCCUUUGUCAUUUGAACAAAAUGAGCAGACAAAAUGUAUGUCUAAAAUUGAAGGACUACUUUCUUCUGUUUCUGGAGCAAGACUGACAAACAACUGUGCCGUGUCUGUAUCAUCUGUUUUUUGGUUUUUUUUUUAAACGUCUUUCUUUUUAUGGUGGACUGUUAUUGCCGACCAGGGCUUAUGUGACACAUUGUGAGCCUGCUGUUCAACUGAGGGCAAGAUUAUACUAACUGAACUGGACAAGGAUGCUGACUUUCUCAAAAACAACCUCCAGCCUGCGGCAGCAAGCUAGCUCUUGAUUUAAGACCUCUUCUGUUCCAUCUCAGAUGUCAGGACUGCAAAACAACACCAACUGUUAAAAGGAUGGUGCACAGAAGCUUGGGCUCAGCCUUGAGGACGAGGACAAAAACAAUUGCUUUCCCUUUGAUGACUUGAAUGGACAACUCUCUCUAAAAGACUAAAAGGACUAAAAAUCUGGGGCAGUAUUCGAAAUUCAAACAAGAGUUAUGAGGCGGGAUGUCUGGAAUAACUGUUGGCAACCUUGAGGAUAGAAACACCUAGCCAAGACAACAGCUUUGAGUCAAACAGAGAGUGGACCUCUACCCUGGUGAAACUCUGGCUGCUCUGAAUCCCAAGCAAAGCAUCCUGACGGCACAAUGCUGUGUGCUCAGGGUGUGGCCGCACCCCUAAUGCUGAGCUCUCUUCUGCUGCAGCUAGUCAGAGCCAAUCUACCUUCCGGCUGCCUGAUUGCAUCUGAUAUCCUGAGUUGCACCAACCUUGGCCUCGACCAAGUCCCGGAAGAGUUACCUGUAAUGGUCGCGACACUGGACUUCAAUCACAACCGCUUAGAACGCCUUGAGGAGGGUGGCUUCGCUGGUCUGCCCAAUCUUGACACCGUACGGUUAGCCCACAAUCAGCUGAGCAGACUCACGCCUGGAACCUUUCGGAAUACAAGCAACAUACGCCAUCUGGACCUUUCCUCCAAUCAACUGAACAUUAUAGAGGAGCACUACUUUCAAGAUUUAGUAGGAAUAAAGGAGUUACUCCUUUACAACAACCAAAUAGUGAGGGUAGAAAGCAAAGCCCUGAGUGGUUUGAGCAACCUACAAAAAGCCUACUUAAGCCAUAACAGACUGACAGAUUUCCCCUUCUUUUCUAUUCAAGAGCACGCCAAUCUCACGACUCUGGAUCUAAGUUCGAACCGUAUGCCCAACCUUCCCGUCAAAGACAUCGAAGCUCUAAAGGAAAAGAUACAGAAUGGGUUGUUCCUGCACAACAAUAGCCUAAUUUGUGAGUGCUCCAUGUACGGCCUGUUUAAACAAUGGGAGUACAGAGGUUUUACCUCAGUGACAGAUUUUUGGGAGGAGCAUACUUGCUUGAUUUACGGUGAGCAACGUGCUAUGGUGCGUUUUCUCAAGCAUGUGCGAUACUUUGAGAAUUGCAAAAUUAAACCUCCAGUGAAGAAAAUUAGCAUGGAGGCAUAUGCUGGGGACUCCGUGAUGUUAGAUUGUAUAACAUCAUUAAAGGGAAAACAUCUCAACUAUUCAUGGGUAACCAAAAGUUACGGAUACCUCGCUCCUCCUUUUAGUAACAAUAUGCUGCAAAUGCAUCCGAACGGUUCUUUGGAAAUCUUUGCAGUACAAACAAACGACUCUGGGGUGUACUUGUGCAUGGUUCAAAACCAUCAGGAGUCAAGCAACGAUUCUCUUGAAGUUAAUGUAACCGUGCAUACCCGCCGUCAAGACAGCGAACCCUUUAACACUGGCUUUACAACCCUUCUGGGCUGUGUUGUUAGUUUGAUUUUGGUCCUUAUGUACCUCUUCUUGACACCCUGUCGCUGCUGGUGUCGCAAACAGCCUCUACCAGCAACACCGAAUCUUGCGAACGAAUGCAGUGCCCAGUCGUCUAUCCUGACACCCACACCACCUGCCACGGAGGGCCCAGGCCGUAAGGUCAGUAACAACAAGCAUGUGGUCUUUCUGGAACCCAUCAAGGAGGCACAGAAUGGGCGGCUGCAGGCAGCACUGGCUCUUGAUUAUCCCAAGCUGGCCGUAACACGGAGCGAUGCUGACUCGGUCACUUCAGUCUUCUCAGAUACCACUAUUGUGCCAUAGCGGCUGCUUACUGUCAUCCCAAUGACCAGCUCAAACGAGCACUUGGGCCCUUCAACAUGUCAGUCUGCAACUGCACAGCUACUCAGGACAGAUCAGGAAGUUGGCUUUGCAAGCCCAUAGCAGGGAGCAGGACAGAGCAGAUGCAAUCAUAGAAAAGAGAUAUAAAAAGGCAAAAAGAUGGAGCAAAGCGCUCCCAAGAAUCAGCUUUAAGUAUUGACUGAGUCACGACGGUACGAGAGGAAGGAAUUGGUUUGAAAGUACAAAAGCUGAGAACGGUAAAAUGCUUUGCCUUUACCACUGCUUGAGCCUUGAUAGAUUCAUAUGAAUGCUUUGUCUAGAGCCUAUAACCCACUGAAUACUGCAUCAACCCAACUCUACUCUAGAAAUAGCAUGAAUGACAUGAAGGAGAAUGACAAGUGCAUACUGGAUUUCUAGUUUUUUAUAUACUAGAAUAUAACUAGAAUGUUUUUUAGACGUCCUUUGUAUCCCUGUGUUUCAAACUGGCAAUUUGGUGAGUAGUUAGCAGCAGCAAUCAAUUUUUGUAAGGGGUCAUGCCCAGUUUGCAAAUGUAAGGGUUUGGGCGAGAGAAAAUGCAUCUAUACAAUUGGAAAUGGUUGUAAAAAAAGACUUGCAGCUGUGCAAAGUGGUGCUCCUAACUUAUCCAAAUUGAUGUGGAUAUCAGACAGAGAUCACAUCUCAUCCUUAGUAUGAUUCUAAAUUGAAAUGGAUGCAUUUUAAUGAAAUGGAAUCUGUUAAAAAGUACAUUCCCCUCUCCUUAAGCAUUUCAUGUUUCCCCUUGCCACCCACCCACCCCUCCCCUUCCACAAAUCCCUACUUUGUUGUCUUCUUAAUAAAUCCUUUUGCUUCGACCCGAGAGGGAAAUGUCUGCCUUCUUAUUCUAAAUUAAAGUCUUUAUGGCAAAGGUGAACAUUCAAACUACACAACGUGUGUCCUAGCAUUCCUGCUUUUCUAUUCCAGAGUCAAAAUUAAAAUGUGUGUGCAAAUGUUCAUAAGAACAUAACAUCAUCAAUUAAAAACAAAACAUGACCAAUUGCUGCCAACUCCAUCAUGACAGAAGUUGUGGGAAAUAACUGGGAUCAAACCUAAAUGUUUGUGAAUGUCAUAGCUGCUUUUGACAAUGGCAUACACAAAUGUCUAUAUUUGGUUCACAAUGGCACGCAAACGUUUUAUUGACCAAUGACAAACCACAAAUGCUCUCUCUGGAGAUAUGCAGAGACCCACAAGUUAAAACAUACGGGUAAAUGGAGAAUUUAACAAUAGUGCAUUACCCUUGAGCCGAAGCCCAUCUUCCCCAGAAUAACUGCAUAAUAAUGAGUGUGUUCCAUCCAAAACUGUUUUACUGUCACUAAAACCACCAUCAUCAUAACCAUCAUCAUCAUCCCCUCAAUGUUUUGUGCCACAAUUCUAACCAUAUCUGCAUGGACACACAUUUUGACAUCCAAGGCAUGAAUAGUCUCCACCUAGGCUCUGGAGUAGAAAAGAGCGGGUUUAGAUGUGCCACUACUUAUUUACAAGAACAGUUCUGCUAAAAAUGACAUUUCUUCCAUCAUUAACUCACCCUCACUUCAUUCUAAAAUGGUAUGAAAGUCCCACAGGUUUGGAACAAUCUGAGGUUGAGUAAAUCAUGUAUAAUUAAAUAAAUUUAUGUAAAUCAGAAAAAUUAUCCACAAUGCCAUAUUCUUAAGUAUUUUAGUCUAGUUUCCUGCUAAAUAUUCACAUUUGAGUAGUCGUAAUAUUGUAAUAUCGGGAAAAAAAACAAAAACAAUACAAAAAAUAGGUGUCAUAUUCAUAAUAUUUUAAUAUAAUGAACCAUUUUUUAUAAAUUACAUUUGUUAAUUUUUUUAAAUAAUGUUUUGUAACAGUGUUUUCUGGAUUUGGUUACAAAGCUUACUAUUGCUAUCUGAUAAAAUAUUUCUAACCUUAAAGCACCAAUGAAUAAUGGCUCAUCUUUAGCUAGACAAUUUUACAUGGUUUCACACAGUAGGAUUUUAUAUACAAUUUAGGAUAAAACUGAAUUUAUUAAUUACUUGCAUCUGACAGUCAUUUGACAUCUCUCAAUGAAUAUUCACAUGACCAAACCUGUACAUAAUUUGCCACACUGGCACAUCUUACCCCCCACCCCUACUAAAGCAGUUUUUUUAAAUGUCUUACAACAUCCAGAUGCUCAAAUAUACCAAAUUCCAUAAUCGUCACCACUCUGAAUGUAUGCUCUACUGGGUCCGUGUCUUUUUAAGUUGUAUAAAGCUCCUGUUAAUGGACUUUAUACAUCCAGGUGCAAUUGUUGCCUUUGAGCUGUGUGUGGUCCACCUCAUUAGUGUUUUAUUUAUCAUACAGGAUCGAUACAGUCAAAGAACAAAUGUCAAAACUCUGACAAAAAUUAACAACAACAACAAAAAAACAACAACAGGAGAAACCUGUGCUUUUUCGAUACCAGUUUCUUUUAAAUAUGUGUGUACUGUAGUCCAUCAUUAGGAAAAUAAGAUUUCAAGACGGUCCCCAAAAACACAUAAGGUAUGACUAAAAUCUUACAUUUUUGAAAAAAGUCAUGCAAUAUAAACUAAAACGCAAUAUUCUCACUGUAAAAAUGCAUUAUCACGGAAGUUUAAAACACACAUACUCACAGUAUGGACUUAUCAAUCACAAGCCAGGACAUCACUCUAUAUUACAGCUGAACGUGUAAAAGGAAAUCCUAUAGUCAUAACAUCUGCCGAGCUGUAAUGCUGGGUUAAAAACGUUCUUCCUCGUGCACCAUACUGAGCUUCAGAUGUCUGUGUGGGAUAACCAAUAUGGGCUUUUGUUUGAGCCUCGAGCAUUAAAGGGUUCCAAGACAUUUUGUCUUUACCACUGCUGCUAUAUGACAUGUAGCUUAUUGGUACACAUUGGCGACAUGUUGGAAACAGACUAGACCUAUAUCUGGUAAGAAUAUAUAUUUAAAAAAGUUAAACAAAAUAAACGCAUGGGAUAAAGCAAAGAUGUUUGACUGUAUUAAUUAGUUAAGGUGCAAACAUGUUUAAUGAACAAAAAAUGAAGGGAAGUCCGUCAAGGGUUGGGUAAUUUAAGUCUAUAUACAGUGCAUAUUAUAUUUUUGGUGCAUUUGGAAAUAAUCAUUUUAUUUCUGUUCCUCGCAGUGCAUUUGGUGCGGACAGUCCAUCACAGCUUAGUAAUUAUGUGAAAAUGGAUAUUAUGUUUUUAAUUCACUUCAUUCAUUGCAGAAAGGCCUUGGUCAGCUCUACACUGAAAAUAAACAUGCUGCUUUAGUCUCCCAUAAUGCAGUCACAUCAGCUCGGCUUUCAUUUCCUGGCCUUUCUGCAGGAUUUCCACCAGUAAAGCUCAGCAGGACAAACCCAACAGUUUUGCCCAACAGCCUGUUAGCAUGUAAAUGAGGAACGAGUAAUUGAUUAGCUUAACUCCAUUCCAGAAUGCUUUAAGCAGAACUGGGAUAGAAUAAAAACUAUUUAUUUGAGGGAAUGAGAUUACUUAUUUAACUACUGUGAAUGAUGUGUAACCUUAGCAAUCUUGACAAAUGGCAAAAAAAAUAAUAAUAAUAAUAAUACAAUAAAAAUAACAAAUAAAUAAAUAAAUAAUUCAGAAAUUGAUUGCUUUGGGUUAGGUUUAAAAAGCAGAUCCCUGUGAAGAAUGACAGAGAAAUCACCCCCCUUUACAACAUCUUUCAUUUCCUGCUGUUCUGGCCCAUCCAUUUCAUAGGUAUUUCAUCACAGCUCGACAAAAGUCUUUCGAUCACCAGCAAAAAAAAAAAAAAAAAAUGAAAAGAGAGGGUGCUCAUCAAUUGAGAUUAUUUACAGUUCUGAUGAACCUUGCAAGCAGGCCAGACUAAUAAGAGCAGAGAUUGGCCUCCUACAAACACUGUCUGGACAGAUUUAGUUGUAAUCUACAUCUGAGAUGUAGUACAUUUUUCACUUGUUCGGUCAUUCUGGGAACUGCAAGGGUGAAAGCAAAGCUGUGAUUAAUUCUACCUUCAGAAAACAAGCAGUUUUGCUGCAGUGUGUUGACAAGUAACUGUACAAGAACAACAUACUUUUAAAUGAGUUAAAGUAACAUUUAUAUACAGUAUAGACAAUAGUCAUACUCUGUGGAACACAAAAUGAGAUGUUUAGCAGAAUGUUUAUCCUGCUCUUUGGCAUACGACAAAAGUAAAAAAAUAAAUAAAAGAGGUAAAAAUGCCAUAAAUAUCUUAAAAUUGGUCCAUCCAACUUGGUACUAUACCAGCGUUUCUCAAUUCCAGUCCUCGAGCCCCCCAGCUCUGCAUGUUUAGCAUGUCUCUCUGUUAACACACCUGAUUCAGAUGAUCAGCUCAUUACAAGUGAACUCUGUGUAGGGACCAUGUCAAUAGGAACACAGUUCAUGCACGAUGUUUAUUGCUCCCUACUCCCUGAGCAGGAGAAAUCUGUUAAGUUUACUUCACACUUCAAUGCCAUUUUAAUGGAACAUAUACUGUAUGUUCCUUUCAAACUGGAAUCAUGGCAGAAUAUCCUGUGGUGUCCACUUCACAGGGCACUUUCAAAUAGAACAAACGUCAUUAGUUUGUCCUAAAAAAAAAGAAACAAUAAGAGAAAUAUAAAACAAUGUGCAGAGCAGGGGGGCGCGAGGACUGGAAUUGUAUAAUAGGCAGGAAUUUAAGCUCUCAUUCAGUGAAAAUCUUGCUUGACUCCCAUUGUCACAAAAGAAAGAAAGAAAGCUUAAUGGAAUAGUUACAGAUUGACUUUCGAAAACAAUCAGGAGUCACAUUUCCACAUUUGUCCUAAUUACUUACAUCACUGGGGGAAAGCUAGCAUAGUCAAAGAUGACAGAAUCUCUAAAAUAUGGCUUUAGGGUAAAGGUCCAGCAGCCUUCAUUAACAAUUUAUGACGUCUCUCUUGACUUCAACAUAAAAAAAAAGACCAACAAUCUGAAACCUAUUCAUCAUGAAGCUAGAAAUAAAAUCAAGGGAUGGCAAAUUGCAAUAUGAAGUCUUGGAGGUAUCGUACAGGUAGUUUCUAAAGCUCAGAAAAUGUAUUUUAUAUAAAAUGUCAGAUAUCAAUAAGAUGGAAUUACAGCAUUGGCCUAGAUUCUUUUAAAGUGGAAAUCAAAUCACACUGGAGAAAGUGGAAAGUGCUGGGCGUCAGGAACCAGAUCAAAGUAACAGCAACCCUUGCAGGUCAGCCUUCUCAAAUGCACAUUACUAUUGAAACACACACAAACAAUGCAAUGAACCAUAAUGAUUCUCACAGAAAACUGUAGAAGAAGAAUAAACAAUAAAAGAUGCUAUACAGCAUAACAGGGACUGGUCAGUGCCUGAAAUAUUUUUUCUCAUUUAUUUUCUUCUUAAGCAUUCAAACUGGUUUAGCUUUGGGUAUCAAUAGCGCUACCAUUAAGGACUUCCCCCCGUUAGAUGUGUGUGCAAGCGUAUCCUUUUUCACUCUCUAAACUUAACAGGAUGUUUAGACAUGAACUCUGAGCCUGGAGUCCGCUUAAGUUAAUUAGCAGGCAUUGUUAAUGAGCGCUCUGAGCCGGCAGUUAGCCGCUCCGCUGGUAUUUGAUGAAGCAGUCCAGAGCAGGCUUCUGAUGACUUACUGCUAUUAGCACUGUACAGAGCAGACAACCAAUUAAACAUCACGUUCAAAGACUUUCACCAUAUUAGUAGCGAUAUCACAAUGGAAAGUACAUGUUAUAAACAUCUGAUGAAUGGUGCUGCAAAGAUUCAUGGUGCAGCGCUGUAGCCAAACAGCACAACAGAGGUUUGACAAAAACCUUUCUGAUGCACAGCGGGCCGGGAUUUCGUUCAGAACAGGAGAACGCACUCCCACCAGGUUUUAAUAAGAGAAACACCUCCGAAAGAUGUGCACGUCAGUUUCACAGGGAAAGGGUGAGAAAGGAAGUCUGCAGAAUAUGAGGGGGCACAGAUGCACAGGAUUCUGGGUGGAAAUAUCAGGAACUGUACAACAACAGAAACACAGAUGCAAUAAAAAUGUAGGGCUUUUGAGCAGGGCUGGAUAAUUAAUCGAAAAGUAAUCGAAACCGAAAUUCAGAACUUCUAACCGACUUAAUUUUCCCAUGUCGGUUAUUUCGUUUUUUUAAUCCUGUUAAUACUUCCCCCUUUAAAGCAUACUACCGCGUGUGUAGCCACAUGACUCUGCCCCGUCCAGUCAGUGGCAUAAAAGCAAAAUUAUUAUUAUUUAGAGAUCCCAUGUUCGCGCAGCUGCAUUGUGACACGAACACUCAUAUAAACAGCUGUGAAGAUCGCGCGCACAGAGGAACGGAAAAACUAGUUGUCAGCGCUGUCCUGUGAUUUAUUACUAAAGUAGCUUAGAAUCUCAAAACUUAUUAUAGCAUAUUUUUCUAAUUUUGAAGGAACUAUGCUAUUUACAACCCACAGCCUCUCAAUAAUAUAGAGACGGUAUGACUAAUUCACACACACACAAUCACUCGUACUGGUACUGUGCUAAUUUAUCUUUAUCUGAUCUUUAUUUAUCUCUUACACCGAGCAAUAAUCUAGAAGAAAUGUUACGAACAUAGAUAACAUAACUGCUGAUAGUGAGCUAUGAUGUCAUAUCGCACCUUUACUAGUCAAUUUCAACUGUCUGGCUGAUCUGGUCAGAUUAAUCAUUGCUUGGUAAUUGGCCAACAAAGUAUUGACUGUUGUCUGAAGUUUUGUUUGAUUACAAUCCAUUACAUCUCUUUCUAUCAAAGUUAUCUGAUAUUAUCAAGAUGAAUUUGUUCUGACAGUUUAACUCUUGCGUUCUUGUCAUAUUUUAUUACCAUUUUCUAAACUAUAGCAAAUAAACUGAUAAUGUGAGAAAUGUUGAAGGUGUCUAAAUAAAUGUUGGUUUGACUGUAUGUUUAAUUUUAACAGUGCUAUUUUACAUUAAUUAAUUAUUCGUUUUCUGUACCUGGACACUUACAAACUUGAAAAAACUUAAAUGCUGUGUAAAUAGCACAAUAAAAUAAACAGAACAAACAUACAAAUUAAACACUUUCAAACAGGGCACACUGGUACCACCUGAACAAGGGGCCCUGCUGACACCAACUACGGCCCCGCUUACAGUACAAACCUUGUCAGUGAACUAUGAGGGCAAAAAAACAAAACAGAAACAAAAUAAUAGUUCAUUAAUCUUAAUCGAGGUAAAAUGUUCAAUUAAUCAAGGUUUUGAUUUUAGGCCAUAAUUGUCCAGCCCUACUUUUGAGUCAAUAGUAUUAUGAAAACUAUAGAGGCAGGUCCCGCCAUUAAACAAAAAUUAAAAAUGGUAAUAGCAACUUUUUAUCUCAACGUUUUGACUUAUUUUCUCACAAUUGCAAGUUAACUUCUUGUAGUUAUGACUUUUUUUCUCAAAAUUGUGCAAAAUAAACUUGAGUUAUAAAGUCAGUAUUGUGUGAUAUAAACUCUCAACUGAAAAAUAAAACCGUAUAUUAAGAUUUAAACUCGCAAUUCUGAGAAAGAAUUUUCAGAAUGAAUUCUGAAUUCCUCCGAAUUGCAAGUUUAAAUCGUGCAAAUCGGACGCAAUUGCAAGCUUAUUUUUCACAAUUUUGAGGGAAAUAGUUCGAAUUGUGAGAAAAAAGUAAAAAUUGCGUGAUACAAACCCGCAAUUGCAAUAAAGUCUCAAUUGUGAGAUAACUCGUAAUUCUGACUUUAUAACUCACAACUGAGAAUAUCACAAUUCUGAAAGAGAGAAAAAAAAAGUAAAUAUGAAAAUUUUGGCUGAUGGUUGUUUAUAUUUUAAAAUCGAUAACCAAUUUAUUGCACAACCAAUCCUAAACCAAAUACUAAUUUCAGUGUGGUCUAAAACUAAAUCAUAAUUGUUCUCAUUUUUAUGAUAUACCUAAAUAAACUAAAGUCUCUACCUUAUAAAACUAAAGUCUACAUGAAAUGGUCUGGGGAGAACUUUAAUUAGAUAUAAACACCUUUUUUCACUCUGCAAACGCUUCAACUAGGGAGCAAUUCUGCAAAUUGAGAGCUCCAUUUGGCUGCUUUCAUAACGGCUGCACUGAACCAGUAUUUACUGAUGGGAACGUCGACCACCUGUGGUGUGGAGUCUCACAGAGCAGGGAAUCAUUGCAGAACACUGCCAUCUCAGCCUAUUACAAAAACGCUAGUUUAUUAUCACCAUAACCAUCUAAUAACACCCCACAGCGUCCAGAUUUCUUAUUUUUAAGCACUGCAGGGAAAAAGCAAAGCUAAUAUUCUGUACUUCCAUGACUGCAUGUGUCCAUGAGUCACCGCAAAGCUUGUGAGGUGGUGACACAUGUUCUUGCAGCUUUGACAGGCCCGUAAACCACGAGUUGAGUGAUUCAAGGUUCAGAAUUGAACAGUAAGUGAAAAUAGUCAUGACAAAUAAAGGGUUUGGAUUCCAGAGGGAUUUAUUCACCCAUUUUCUUUCUGGCAGAAGCCCAACCUACCGUUCUUCCUCAAUUGGAUACGGUUCUUUCCUGGCAUUGAUGGCUCCAUAAAGAACCUUUAAUAUCUAUGGAACCUUUCCAUUAAACAAAAUGUUCUUUAGGACGGAAAAUUGUUCUUUUAAGAACUGUUUACUGAAAGGUUUGAGGAACCAAAACUUGUCAUUCUAUGGCAUCACUGCAAAAACACUUUAUUGGGAAGAGUUUAGAUACACACUGAAAGCGCAAGAACUCAGACACUGGCCAUCACACCUCAAAGGAUGGUCAUCUCGAUACAGUUUCAGACGAGUGAGAAAAGCUCAGGCGUUCCUGCCAGAGCCGGUCAGAUGGGCGAAAAUACACACAUGCAAAUGCAUGACGGAGCAACAGGGAUGUGAUGCUUUGUGUUGAAAUGUCCUUGGUGAGACAGAUGCCAAUGUAAUUAAUAAGACAUAGGACAAACUUUAAAGGAAUGUGCGAAAAAGGAUUUUCUUUCAUCUGUUGAACACAGAAGAAUAAAGAGCUGCUCUUUUCCAUACGAUGAAAGUGAAUCCGGAAGGAUGAUUUUGAGAUGUUUUUGGACAAACAAAACAAACCAUAUGAUGGUUUUGACUUAGCGCAGACGUGUACUAGUAUGUCAUCUUAUAUUAUUAUGAUAAUUUUAUUUAUUUAAAAAGAGGAUAACAUGGAAAUUGUCCUGAAGUUCUCAUCUGUCUUCAACAAAGGAAGCCAUACGGAGUUGACCUCUCCUUGCCACGAUGUUUUCAUUCUUAGGUGAAUUAUUGUUUUAAUAAAAAUCGCACAAAUCCACAAAGAAAAAUCCCAUCUUCAGGCUUUCUGUAGGACGCAUCAAAUGUCAGAGACAGUGCAUUUGAGAAAAUCCUGAAUAGAUUGCUUGUCCCCGUUUUACACUCUCAUUCUGAUUCUCUCAUCUUUCUUUUCUUCUCUUAAGAUGUGUCAAUCCAGACCAGCGGUCACACAGCAGGCUCCUGAAAUAUGGACCACUCGUGCGUUUCCACAAUAAUCUCUGCGGCGAAGAUGACAAACACACCUCGGGCCGUGACCUCCUUUUCACUGCAAGAAGCCAUACAACUUCACAGUCUCACAAUAAUAUUUCUUUGUACAAAACAGAAAUUCACCAGACUUUUCCUGAAAACACUGCCCACGCACUGUGUAUCAGUGAGGGAUCAAAAACAAUGCUGAUAAUUCAAUGAAAGACAAUGAUGUUUACAACUUCUGGUUGGAAAAUCAUAUUUGUAAAUGCCACAUCAAUCUUUCCUUAUUUCUUGUGUAAAGCAAUAAUGAAUGAGAAUAAUGUAGACAAAUUUACUAAAUAUGAAUCCCUCCCUUUGCUCGGAAUGUUAAAAUGGUAUUCUGACUGUGAAUGUGAUCUGUAAUGAUGCAUUUUGGGAAUGACAGGACAGCAUGGCACUGAAAUAAAGAGAGGUGGAGAAAUAAAUAAAUAAAUAAAUAAAAUGUCUUCAAUAAAGAAAAUCAAA